GCAAGUGCAGAUAGCAUUGAAAAGAUGAACUUUAACUGUUUGGUUGUAGUAUUCCUCAUUUUCGCUCUAAGCGAACUGACAGCGGGUCAGUCAGCUAGUGAUAUGGCAGCCUACAAGCAAAUGCAACAGGCCUGCAUCAAGGAGCUAAAUAUUGCUGCAAGUGAUGCCAAUUUGCUGACCACGGAUAAGGAGGUUUCCAAUCCCUCGGAGUCGGUGAAAUGCUACCAUAGUUGUGUCUACAAGAAACUGGGACUCCUGGGAGACGAUGGAAAACCCAAUGCCGAUAAGAUCGUUAAGUUCGCCCAGCUCCGUUUUAGCAGCCUUCCCAUUGACAAGUUGAAGGCUCUACUUAAAAGCUGUGGAGCCACCACAGCGUCCACCACCUGUGACUUCGUCUUCAACUAUGAAAAAUGUGUGGUUAAGGGAAUUUAAUCUUUAAGCGUAACCCUUCCAAUCAGCA